ACACAUGCACUAACGAUAGAUUCGUCUUCCAGUCCAACAUUAAUAGAUCUUUUUAGUCAAACUUACAUACAGCUCUCCGGCUUCCGACGACGUCGGAGAUGAAUAGUUUCUUGCGGAUUGCGGCGGUGGUCUCCUUUCUUUGGCUGUGUUCCGUCGUUAGGAGCGGAUCUACUGAUGGGUUCGGGAAUGUGAGAGAUACUGACGCUGAGAUCUCGUUUCUCGAAAGCCAAUUGUCGGCGAAACCUCCGUCUCAGCUUCUCAUGGUUCCUCUCACCUUGAUUCAGGCAGCUGGCUCCAAAGGAGCUGUGUGCCUCGAUGGAACACUACCUGGUUAUCAUCUACACCGUGGUUCUGGAUCAGGAGCUAACAGGUGGCUUAUCCAACUCGAGGGUGGAGGAUGGUGCAACACACGCAGGAGCUGUAUCUUCCGGAAAACAACUCGCCGCGGUUCAUCUAAAUAUAUGGAGAAAGUUUUGGCCUUCACUGGAAUAUUGAGCAAUAAACCUGAUGAGAAUCCUGAUUUCUUUAAUUGGAACAGAGUCAAAUUGCGUUAUUGCGAUGGUGCUUCUUUCACAGGCGAUAGUCAGGAUGAGAGCUCGCAACUAUACUAUAGAGGACAACGAAUCUGGCAAGCAGCUAUGGAAGAACUACUGUCUAAAGGCAUGCAAAAAGCAGAGCAGGCUCUACUUUCUGGAUGCUCCGCUGGAGGAUUAGCUUCCAUUCUGCACUGUGAUCAGUUCAAGGACCUAUUACCUGGUACUACGAAAGUGAAAUGCUUAAGUGAUGCUGGAAUGUUUAUGGAUGCAGUGGAUGUCUCUGGAGGCCACUCGCUUCGGAAAAUGUUCCAAGGUGUUGUUACAGUACAGAACCUCCAAAAGGAACUGUCCACUACCUGUACAAAGCAUAUGGAUCCAACUUCGUGCUUCUUUCCCCAGAACUUGGUUUCAAACAUUAAGACUCCCAUGUUUCUUCUAAAUGCAGCAUAUGACGCUUGGCAGGUACAAGAGAGUUUAGCUCCACCAUCUGUUGACCUAAGCGGCUCUUGGAAGGCCUGCAAAUCAGAUCACUCGCAUUGUAAUUCAUCUCAAAUCCAAUUCUUUCAAGACUUCAGGACGCAAAUGGUGGAUGCUGUAAAAUCUUUCGCGACAUCGACUCACAACGGUGUGUUCAUAAACUCAUGCUUUGCACACUGCCAAUCCGAAAGACAGGACACUUGGUAUGCACCGGAUUCUCCUACUCUUCAUGGCAAGACGGUUGCUAAAUCUGUCGGUGAUUGGUACUUCGACAGAACAACAGUCAAAGCCAUUGACUGUCCUUACCCUUGUGACAAAACAUGUCACAAUCUCAUCUUCAAGUGAGUUUUGACAUAUUCAAGCUCAAACAGCUUACAUGAUUCUUACAAACUACAUACCAUACCAUUAGUAACCAUUUCUGGAAAAACCACAAAUCGACAUCUCUGUAGCCAUUUCAUCUUUACAUAAUUUAUGCUAUCAUCUAUUGUUUUCGACUGACAUAAGUUAUUUUUCCCGUGUGUUUAAUAUAGUUUUGAUAUAUUGGGUUGGUAUACAA